AUGGAUAACGCGCAGCAGCGUCUGUACAGCUUCUCCAAGCCGAGAUCACAGGCAAGACCUUCAAAAGGCACUUCAGAUGAUGAAUCCCCUUAUGGAGACUCAAAAUUUAUCCAGAAACGUAAUUAUUCUCAGAAAUGGAAGGCACUGCCCUGGCAGUUCUCCCUGAGUGGCCACCUGUCCCCAUGGCCCACAUUCGCCAGUGGCCAGACUGUUCUGCAGAAUCAAAAGCCUUGUUCCGAUGAGUACCGGAAGCGACCUAGCUGGCAGCAUCAUCCCCUGGGCAUAGCCAAACCCAAGUACCUGGAGCAGCUAGAAAACUACCUACGCAAGGAACUUCUCCUGCUAGACCUGGGCACAGAUUCCACGCAGGAGCUAAGGUUACAGCCUUACAGAGAAAUCUUUGACUUCUUCAUAGAAGAUUUCAAGAGCUAUAAGCCAUUGCUGUCCUCCAUCAAGAAUGCAUAUGAGCUGAUGCUGGCCUACCAAAGGGACAAGAUACGGACCCUAGAGCCCCUAAAGGCCAAGCUUGUCACUGUGAAUGAGGACUGCAACCAGAGGAUCCUGGCUAUGAGGGCUGAGGAGAAGAGUGAAAUCGCCACAUUGAAGAACGAGAAGAUGAAUUUGCUAAAACUCAUUGACAAAAAGAAUGAGGAGAAGAUCUCAUUGCAGAGUGAGGUAUCCAAACUGAGGAAGAGCUUAGCUGAAGAAUACUUGCACUAUCUCUGGGCCUGGAGCAUGUCCCAAGAGCUUAUUCAACCCAGCUCUGGGCUACAAGCUCCAGAGCCAGGGUGACAUAGGCUGCCGGCCUCCCUGGCAGGCGUCUGGGGGGAGGACCCUGUGAAGCUGACACUGGCUCUGAAGAUGACCCGGCAAGACCUGACCCGCACACAGAUGGAGCUCAACACCAUGAAGGCCAACUUUGGAGAUGUGGUACCAAGGAGAGAUUUUGAAAUGCAGGAGAAGACCAACAAGGAUCUUCAAGAGCAGCUGGAUAGCCUGAAAGCCGACUAUGAGGAGGUGUGCAAGGAACAUGAGUUAUUGCUGCAGUCACACAUGAUGACGCUGAAGGAGCGAGACCAGUUCUCAGCUGAGCUGCAAGAGAUCCAACGCACCUCUACACCCCGACCAGACUGGACCAAGUGUGAAAAUGUGGUGGCUGGGGGCUCAGAACGGUGGCAUAUACUGGCAGAGGGCAAGAACAGUGACCAGCUGGUGGAUAUACUCCUGGAGGAAAUUGGCGAGGGCCUGCUCCGAGAGAAAGACUUCUUCCAGGGUCUGGGCUAUGGGGAAGAUGUCCCUGUUUUCCUUCAGUGUGAAGGCAAUGUGGAGAACAAGAAGCCAACUAAAAAGUUUGUGGUAAAACUCCUCAAGGAUGCCUGGAAGGAACGGCUCACAGAUGAGCAUUUCUCCCUACAGAAAAAGAAGUUCCAAGAUUUCUUCAUCAAUUUCUUGGAGCAUCGUUUUGGGCCCAGUGAGGCCAUAGCCUGGGCUUACACCAUUUUUGAAAAUAUCAAGCUCUUCCGCACCAAUGAGGUCAUGAGUCAGUUCUAUGCAGUCUUGAUGGGAAAGAUGACGGAGAGUGUAUAUAACAACUACAGGGAUACAGUAGCCCAGCUGCAAAAGGAGAUGAAGAAUGCUGACAGUCAAAAUGAAGGGUUACUAACCAGUGAGCAGUUCAGCAACAUUCUUAAGACCACCUUCCCCCUCAAAAAGGAAGAUGCAAUUCAGGAGCUGAUGGAGGCAGGGGGCUGGCAUGUUGGCAACAUUGCAGAUGUGUUAAAUUACCCUUUUUUGUUUAUGGAGAGUGAGGAGGGCCAGAGUGAGCCCUUUGUGCAAAAGCUGUGGGAACAGUAUAUGGCUGAGAAGGAAGCAUACUUACAGGAACUAAAGCAGCAGCUGGACCUGAAUCUCAAUCAGGAGGUGACACUAUCCAAGCUACGAAAGGCCCUGAUGACCAUUGACCCCAGCCUUGACAAACAGACACUGAAUGCCUAUCUGAGCCAGGCCUUCCAGAUUCCUGAGUCAGAACUGCCAGAUUUGGAAAAAGAGAAGGAAGGGGAGGAGGAGGAAGAAGAGGAAGAGAGCACUGCAGUAGAGCUCCAGAAGGUACUGGAGCGACUUCACAUUGCUGACACCAAGCGCAUGGGGCCUCGAGAGCCAGAGCCCACAAGCUAG